GAUUGCCAAUGCAUGUAAAGACACGCUAUGUUAAUAUCCCAAACUAACAUAAUUGGGACUUGUUGGAGUUUUUACAAACAAAUUGCGAUUUUAUGAUAAAGAAAUGAUAGUAUUGGAGAUUUUAUGAUUUAAACCCUAAAAAUAAUAAUAAACCCACGAAAACAUUAAAAAAAAAAAAAAAAAAAAAAAAAAAAAAAAAAGCGCGCGCGCACGCGCACACACACACACAAAACGCAUACUUUACCAACAGGAAAAAAAGAAAGGGAAAUGAAUUCUCUCCAUCUAUGCCAAACAGGGGAAGAAGACAUAGCGCGCCAAUUCCAAACCAAUCAACCCCAUAUAUAUAUAUAUAUGCCCUUACUCUCAAAACCAUCACAGAAGAAAAACCCAAACAGAGCACCACCACCACCACCACCACCACCACCAUGGGAAAACAGAAGCAACAGGUCAUUUCCCGCUUCUUCGCUCCCAAACCCCAAAACCCAUCAACCUCGCCUUCUUCACCAUCAACAUCACAAUCAUUUCCCCCUAACCCACCAACCCCUCCCCCGAAAACCUCAGCCACUGUCACUUUCUCGCCAUCCAAACGCCUUAGGACCUCCCAACUCACCUCACCCAGAACCAAACCCUCCAAAAUCCCUAAACUCUCUCCACAAACCCACAAUCAUGUACCCUCCUCACCCAAUUCCUCUCUCCUCCCUGAUGACCCUCCCCCAAACAAACCUAACAAAAACCCUAAACUCUCCCCCCACACCCACAAUCCUAUUCCUCCUCUACCCAAUCCAUCCCUCCACCAAAGAUUUUUAAAGAAACUUCUAGAGCCUUCUGAGGACAUUCUAGAACCUUCUUCAAAUCCUUCAGUUUCAAAUCCCAAGUAUACUCCUCUGGAGCAACAAGUACUGGACCUAAAAGACAAGUACCCAGAUGUUCUUUUGAUGGUUGAAGUUGGAUACAAGUAUCGAUUUUUUGGUGAUGAUGCAGAAAAUGCUGCUAGGGUUUUGGGGAUUUUUGCCCAUAUGGAUCAUAAUUUCUUGACUGCUAGUAUACCAACCUUUCGAUUGAAUGUUCAUGUUAGGAGGCUUGUGAGUGCUGGGUUUAAGGUGGGGGUUGUGAAACAAACUGAAACCGCAGCAAUCAAGGCUCAUGGGUCGAAUAGGUUGGGGCCAUUCUGUAGAGGGCUUUCAGCAUUGUACACGAAGGCGACAAUGGAGGUGGCUGAGGAUGUUGGGGGUGAUGAAGAGGGGUGUGGAUCGUGUAGCAAUUAUCUGGUUUGUGUUGUUGAGAAAGGGCUUGUUACUGAAAAUAUGAAAUGUGGGAUUGAGAGUGGGUUUGAUGUGAAAAUUGGGAUUGUUGCGGUUGAAAUCUCAACCGGGGAUGUUGUUCAUGGGGAAUUCAAUGAUAAUUUCAUGAGGGCGGGGCUUGAGGCCGUGAUUUUGAGCUUGUCUCCUGCGGAAUUACUUCUUGGGGAACCUCUCUCUGCACAAACAGAGAAGUUGCUAUUGGCAUACGCUGGACCGGCCUCAAAUGUCCGUGUGGAGUGUGCCUCACGAGAUUGUUUCAAAGAUGGCGGUGCACUUGCUGAAGUGAUGUCUUUGUAUGAGGACAUUAAUAAAAAGAGCUUAGCAGAUCAUCAAGAAGAAGAAACAGAGGCAUCCAAGCAGGAAAAUAAUCACCUGGCGAUCGAGGGAAUUAUGGCCAUGCCAGAUUUAGCUGUCCAAGCACUAGCCAUAACCAUUCGCCAUUUAAAGCAAUUUGGGUUUGAAAGAAUUCUGUGCUUGGGAGCUUCAUUUCGGUCUUUCUCCAGCAGCAUGGAGAUGACCAUGUCAGCCAAUGCACUUCAACAGUUAGAGGUUUUGAAGAAUAACUCUGAUGGUUCUGAGUCUGGCUCACUGCUGCAGUGUAUGAAUCAUACUCUUACUAUAUUUGGUUCAAGGCUUCUUAGGCACUGGGUGACUCACCCUUUAUGUGAUAGAAAUACGAUAUCUGCUCGUCUCGAUGCUGUUUCUGAGAUUGCAGAAUCUAUGGGCUCUUGUGAAGCUUCACAGAAUUCUGGCAGCCUUGAUCUUGGAGAUUCUGAUGUCACAUUUAUACAACCUGAGCUUAAUUAUGUGCUUUCUUCAGUUUUGAUUACUUUAGGAAGGUUACCUGAUAUUCAACGUGGAAUAACAAGAAUUUUCCAUCGAACAGCGACCACAUCUGAGUUUGUAUCAGUCAUUCAAGCGAUCUUGGUUGCUGGAAAACAACUUCAGCAACUUCACAUUGAAGAAGAGGACAAAAGCAAAAAUACACCAAUGAAGACUGUGCGCUCUGUACUUUUGAGGAGGUUGAUUUUGACAGCUUCAUCAUCCAGUGUAAUUGGCAAAGCUGGAAAACUUUUGUCCACCCUAAAUAAAGAAGCUGCUGCUCAAGGGGAUCUUCAAAACUUAUUCAUCAUCUCUAGUGGACAAUUUCCGGAGGUUGCUAGAGUUCGAACGGCCGUUCAACUGGCAAAGGAAAAUUUGGAUUCAUUGAUUGGUUUGUAUCGCAAACAGCUUAAAAUGCACAAAUUGGAAUUCAUAAGUGUGUCUGGAACAACACAUUUGAUUGAGCUGCAGUUGCCAUCAGAUAUAAGGGUACCUUCAAACUGGGUGAAGGUAAAUAGUACGAAGAAAACAAUACGCUAUCACCCACCUGAAGUAUUGACUGCUUUAGAUCAGUCAUCUCUGGCAAAUGAGGAGCUUCUUGUUGUCUGUCGAGCUGCUUGGGAUUCUUUUCUGAAGGAAUUUGGUAAACAUUAUGCCGAAUUCCAAUCUGCUGUACAAGCACUAGCUGCUUUGGAUUGUCUACAUUCACUAGCCACUCUUUCAAGAAAUAAGAAUUAUGUCCGUCCUUUUUUUGUAAAUCACAAUGAACCUGUGCAAAUACAUAUUCGUUCUGGUCGUCAUCCGGUUAUGGAGACUAUAUUACAAGACAAUUUUGUCCCAAAUGACACAAAUUUGCAUGCUGAAGGAGAGUGCUGUCAGAUUGUAACUGGACCAAACAUGGGAGGAAAGAGUUGCUAUAUUCGCCAAGUUGCUCUCAUUGCUAUUAUGGCUCAGGUUGGUUCCUUUGUACCAGCAUCGUCAGCAAAGCUGCAUGUGCUAGAUGGCAUCCACACUCGAAUGGGCGCUUCUGACAGUAUCCAGCGAGGAAGCAGCACCUUUUUAGAAGAACUAAGUGAGGCUUCUCACAUAGUUCACAAAUGCACAGAACGCUCGUUGGUUAUUAUCGAUGAGCUUGGGAGAGGCACAAGUACACAUGAUGGUGUAGCAAUUGCUUAUGCUACAUUGCAUCAUCUUCUAGAGCAAAAAAGAUGCAUGGUCCUCUUUGUGACCCACUACCCUAAGAUUAUUGACAUCAAGAAGGAAUUUCCAGGCUCUGUGGGGGCAUAUUAUGUUUCAUAUCUCACAUCACAUAAUGAAAUGGAUAUGGUCAACUCAAAGUCUGAUCAGGAUGUUUACAGUAUGGAUCAUGAAGAUGUCACUUACCUUUAUAAGCUUGUACCUGGUGUUUCAGAGAGAAGUUUUGGAUUUAAGGUCUCUCAGCUUGCACAGUUACCUUCUUCAUGUAUUCGUCGGGCCAUUGUCAUGGCUUCAAAGUUGGAAGCAGCAGUGAGCAACAGAGAAAAAGACAGAUUAGCAUUGAAGUCAAUAAAAGAAACACUCGUAGUUAAUCAAGAAUCAGCACAAGCUGGCAGAGAGAUUGAGGACUUAGAAGAAUUGACUGAUGCUUACAGGGAAUUCUUUUCGAGCCUGAACUCUGCUUUGGGAGAUGAUGAUCUUGCCAAAAGCUGGCAGUUGUUGAAGCAUGCUAGAAGCAUUGGAAUGGAGUUGAUCAAUAGGUAAAGAUCUUUCUCAUAGGGUAUCCUAUCUUGUAUCGGAUUUAACUUUGUGGACUUCAAGUGCCUGUGUUGCCCAACCAUGAGAGGCGCAGGGAACUUAAAUGUUAUCAUUGUAUUUGCAUCUGCACGGGUCUUCAGCAGUUUUGUCCAUUCCAGUUCGCAUCGGUUCAUUGAGUCAUUUACUCACUUUUGUACCUCUUCAGAUGUAAAUGGCCAUCUUGAAAGCAAAAUGGCAUAUAUAGUGCAGGGAGAACGAAGCUGUACCGAUAGAAGCAUAGAAAUUGAGUAAUGUGUAUUGUAAAUUAUAUAAAUAAUACUUUUUUUUU